GGGCCCGGCUCGGCCCGUCGCGGCUCGCCUCAGGGCCCGCAGCCGCCCCCCGGCCGUGCCCCCGGGAUGCUCCGUGCGGCCGCCGCGCCUCGGGCCCCUCCGCUCGGCCCUCCCUGAGCCUCCCGGCUCCCGUUUAGCCCGGUGCCGUCCCGUCCGCUCCCGCCGAGCCGCAGCCAGCGGGAUGGUGGUAGUCACAGGGCAGGGCAGAGCCAGCCGAGACCCGGAUGAGGCCAUGUCGAGCUCGGAGGCGGAGGAUGAGUUCCAGGAGCCGGCCACCCCCACCGCAACCCAGGCAGGAGAAGCGCUGCCGCUGCUGCCGCAGCAGUUUCCAGAAGUUGUCCCACUAAAUGUAGGAGGCAUGCAUUUUACAACGCGACUGUCAACGCUGAGACGUUACGAGGAUACAAUGUUGGCGGCUAUGUUCAGCGGAAGACACUAUAUUCCAACCGACGCCGAAGGCAGAUACUUCAUAGACAGAGAUGGAGCUUACUUUGGAGACAUACUUAACUUUCUGCGAUCUGGUGACCUGCCACCAAGAGAACGAGUGAGGUCAGUUUACAAGGAAGCUCAGUAUUAUUCCAUAGGACCAUUGCUAGACUAUCUGGAGGAUGUCCAGCCUCUGAAAGGAGAAAAAGUUAGACAAGCUUUCCUGGGCCUAAUGCCAUAUUACAAAGAUCAUUUGGAACGGAUAAUUGAAAUAGCAAAGCUUAGAGCUAUGCAAAGAAAAGCAAGGUUUGCAAAACUGAAAGUCUGUGUCUUCAAAGAAGAGAUGCCCAUCACUCCCUACGAAUGCCCCCAUUUCAAUUCUUUACGUUUUGAAAGAAGUGAAAGCGAGACGAAGCUGUUUGAACAUCACUGCGAAGUAGAUGUAUCUUUUGGACCUUGGGAGGCUGUAGCUGAUGUUUAUGAUCUUCUGCACUGUAUUGUGACGGACCUGUCUGACAGAGGGAUAACUGUGGAUCAUCAGUGUAUUGGUGUGUGUGAUAAACACCUGAUAAAUCACUAUUACUGCAAGCGUCCUAUCUAUGAAUUCAAGAUCACUUGGUGCCUUCAUAUUCAAAUGUACUGGUUGAUAUGUGGAGAAAUAGCUGGGAAGUAAAUUUCUUUCCAUACUGGAGGAGGCAACCAUUGCAGAAUCGUCCUCUUUUCAAAAGGUAGUUGUUGCAGUUCUGUCUAUGAAUAGCCAUCUCCUGAAGUUCAAUUACUUCAUGGCCAAAAACUGAAAUACAGAUCUAAACAUCUGAAGGUGCAGAAAACUCAAGUCUUUUUCAGAAAGAUCCCACCUGAUGUGACCUCAAAACAAGCUUGAGGAUGGAGGGAAAGUCAAUGUUUGUGUAUUACAUUCCGUUGGCUUAGUUAAUACAAGAGUCUUGUUUAAUUAAACUUCUGACCAAAAUGCUUUUAAGAAAAUGUUAAUUAUAAUAAUCAAAAUUUUCAGUUACCUGAGAUAAUUUUUAGAAUAAUUAUUAAAACUUUACCAUAAAAUUAUCUUAUAAAAAUAUUUUGAAGAGGCUAAUUGUUUGCAUCAACUAGCCUUCACACUUUUAUGUAUUUAACUUAGGGAUUUUUAUUAAAUUGUCUCUCUGAGGUAGGGACACAUAGCUCUAAUGAUCCCAUUUCAAAUGUUUACUUAGAGUCGUUGUCAAGUACUGAGCUUCAGGUCCAGAGCUUAAAUUUGGAAAGGGAGUGGGGUGGAGGCAGGAAGGGGAGGAAGGCAAAUGUCACGUCUGUGUAUUUGUAUCUUAUUUUAAGUUGGAUUAAAUUGUUUUCUUAAAUAUUGGCCUUUCUGUUACAAGUCACUGUACUUGUAUUUGACAACCUAAAAUCACACGUCAAACAGACUAAUAAAAUUUCCCCAAACUGAGAGGAAGCUUGCAUGAUUUCUUCGCUACUCUGCUGGCUUCUUUUUUUUUUUUUUUUUCAGGGAGUCUUAAAUUGCAAACCACAAUUUCCAAUAAAAUGACAUAAAACCUUAAAGCUGAGGCUUACAGAGUUUUGGCUGUUUAUAUACCUCAGAGUUUCCAGCAUCAGUUUAUUCAGAGACCCUGAUGAGAAUCCCAGUUUUACUGGGAUUUUACUGAUAUUUUUUGCCGCUUCCCAUGUAAGUAUUUACAUGGGACAUAAUUCUGGUUUGAAUUUCAGCACUACUUGUAGAAGUGGAACACAGUCUGACUUAACAGUAGGAUUUUUUUCGGGGGCAGAGGGCUAAGAAUUGUUCUGUUAUCAUAGAGAAGCUAUGAUAAUAAAAUCCCUGUUUAAAUUGUUUGCUAUUUUUAAUAUGCACACACUGAUAUAUUUUUUUUUCCUGCUAAUUGUUGAAAGAAGUGUGGAAGGAAGGAAGACUACCUAACCAAAACGAUAAAAAUCUUGGUCUGUAUCAGGUGCAUCUUAAUUGAAACUUUCAUCCUUCGUGUCCUCCAGAAGACAGAAAACAUUGUGCAAUAUUGAAAGAAAGCAUGGAUUUGAGCCAACAUGCUUUCACUUAGCACAUACAUUCUGCGUGUUGUGAUUUGUACAAAUUAACAAUAUUGUUAGUGACUACACUCGUUCUAAGCAGUCUUUGUUUACAAUGGUUUAGAUUAUAUUGCCUAAUACAUAUUCGUUUUUUGACAGAAACAGAAGAGUUGUGCAGGCAGAUGUCAGGGGAGUAUAAUCUAAUAACUGGUUUAUAUAAUGUUAUUGACUUAUCUUUUCUUGGCAUAUAACGUAAUUUUUGAAAUUCUGCGUUUGCAACUAAAAUGUGAGUAGCUGAUCUAUGUUAAGAUGAUUGGUUUUGUAUAUCAUGAAUGCUAUACAAUUAUCUAAUUAAACUAAAUGCCUAUGUAA